AUGGCCGACACCAAGCCCGCCCCGGUCGAUUCGGCAAAGGCAGAUAAUGCUACUGAAGCGGCGGCGCACACGCAGUCGAGUGCUGAGCGCCUGCUCAGUACCGUCAGUCAGUAUGCCAACGCGGAGUUUGAAGGUACGCGCUCGGAAUAUGCGCUUCUGACCAAAUUAAACAACGCGGCAGCCGGGGAAUACGGCGAAUGGACCGAAAAGCUGGCACAUGCUAACGACAGUGCCCUGCAACUUCAGCAAACAUACGAGGAAGUACAACCAGCCUUGCAACUCAUUGACAACUUGGCCACAUCGGUCGAAACCUUGUUGGGCACGGCACAACAGUUGGACGAGUUUUCUCGAGAGCUCGAGGCACGUCUUCGUCAGGCUACUCGUGCCAAAAAUUAG